AUGACUGCUGCCGAUUGUGAUAGCUAUGAUUGUGCUCCAAAUCAAUCGGGAUUACUUGGAUUUACACUUCCUUUGACCUUCCUUCAUGAAGGGCAUCGCUUCCCAAAUGCUCUUGAGGGCGAGGAAGAAUAUGUUCGUGAACCUUUGACCUAUCGAGAGAUCCUGAUGAUGCGUGUCAUGAACACCAUCACAGACAAGCCCGAUUGGGAAAUAAAGGUUUUCAAUCCGAUCAUCUUCUCCAAAUGGAAAGAUGAGAUUUCACAAAGCAGCCAGGAUGUUUCGCCUAAGAUGAUGGACUUCAUCAUCACUGAAUUGCAGUGGAAGGCCAAAUCUUUCGAGGACAAAAACUCUGUUACUGUGUUUGGUGGUGUUAUAAAGUCUGAUAGAGCUAUUCCGGAAGAACUGAAGCAAGCUCUGAAGGAUGGAGUGGCGCCCUUGGAAAGUGUCCCAGAAGCCCAAAAGGACUACCACCCCGGAUCAGACGACAAGGUAAUUGAUCUGGUCCACCCUUCCCUUUUCCCCAUCGUCUAUGGGAAAACUCGCAUUUUGCGAGACAAGACCCUCGGUCUUGAUGAUUGCAUCGGUAGUAUCGGCCAAGGAGAAAUCCUUCCAGUUCCAGAAAAACCCGCCCGAAAUAAAAAGGAAAUCAACGCACUGCAGCCAUACAGCACAAAUUUCCAAUGGCUUCCUUGCAAUGUGGCUCUAAAAUCUGGAAGCGAUUCUACGCCCGAAUGCCAGAUUUCUUCUUAUAUCAACAACUUGCAUCCGAUCCAGCAUCGUGUACUCUAUGGUGUGAUUGAGAAAAUCAUUUCUCACACGAUUCCGCUUUGGAAUCAGACUUUGGACGUUGACCUCUACUACAGGAGAAUAACCUGGGACCAAGUUGAAUACGAAGAAGGUGAUGAGAAACCGGAGCAGGGUGAUGAUGAAGAUGACGAGGUUUAUUGGACAAGAUAUGACGAUUGGUCAACUGCUCGUAAGAAUGUCCAACCUGAGCCUGGAGAGUUCAAGCCUCCGCAAAACUCAGCUGCCAAAUUGCAGGAUAUCUUUGCCAAAUCUGGACUGCAGGUUAUCGUUAAGCUAGCUAAUAUCGAGCUCACGCCUGACAAACCUGACUAUGAGGGAGGAACUUGGCACAUUGAGGGACAGUUGAAUGAACAUAUUGCCGCCACCGCAAUCUACUACUAUGACAGCGAAAACAUCACAGAAAGCAAACUCUCCUUCCGUCAUCGUCCAAACGUAGAAGAUUGGAAUGAAUACGGCUAUGAGCAGAGCUGUCAUGGAUUUAUGCAACAGAUAUUUGGGUUUCCCGAGAGCACUGACAGCAACGGUAGCACAGACAUCACCCAAGACCUAGGAAGCGUUGUCUGCAGCGAAGGCCGACUUCUCACAUUCCCCAAUGUGCUUCAGCACUGUGUCUCGUCAUUCUCGCUGGCAGAUCGCUCAAAGCCCGGUCACCGCAAGAUUCUCGCACUGUUCCUCGUUGAUCCCCACGUAACUGUCAUCUCGACCGCGAAUGUUCCUCCACAACAACAGGAAUGGGGUCUAGAAAAGGAGGAGCUUGUUCGUGAUAUGUUAGCUGGUAAACUUCCUGCCGAACUGCAAAUUAUGGUUAGUGAUGAAGGUAUUCUGCAUCCGCUUAUGUCUUUGGAUGAAGCGAAGGUUUUCCGUGGCAAGCUUAUGAAAGAGCGCAGCAUGAAGUCUAGUCGGCAGAACGCUUGUUUUGAGACUGGUGACUUCAAUCUCUGCGAGCACUAG